AGACGCUUAUGUAAAUGGCAGGAAACCUCCUCCUCCUCCUGUGAUUCGCGGGAAAAGCGGAAAAUGGCGGCGGUUGAAGUUUGAAGUUUAGCGCCACGAAAACAGAGACAGGAGACAGAGAGGGACAGACAGACAGGCAGAGAGACAGACAGAAAGAGACAGACAGACACACAGCGAGACGGAGACAACGGGGCAGAGACCCGGAGAGAGACAGACAGUUAAAAGACGCUACAGCCCCGGACUGUGUGUCCCGGUGGAGUCCAACCUGUCUGUCGGAGCAGCACCAGCCUGUCUGUGGCUCAGAGGACCCGAGCACCGGAGACAGGUGGACACAGAGCGAACCGGAGGACGUGCCGUUGAGGAUGUUCGAGGAUCUGAGAAGCUUCUGUAGUCUGGAGCCACCGGUGUCUCCUGGGGGCGGAGCCUGUCACAGGGGGCGGGGCUUGGAUGAUCUAGAGGGGGCGGAGUCCAGUCUAAGUGUUGGACAGUUCGUCCUCUGCCAUUGGUCGGAUGGACUCUACUACCUGGGCAAAAUACAGAGGGUGAGCCCUCCCAGGCAGAGCUGCUUCGUUACGUUUGAGGACAACUCCAAGUUCUGGGUCCUCUGGAAGGACAUCCAACACGCUGGAGUGCCGGGGGAGGAGCCUCGCUGCUCUGUCUGCCGGGAGGCGGAGCCAGACUCUGACAGCCAAUCAAACAACAACAACCAGAUCCUCAUCUGCGGCAAGUGUGGCAUCGGUUUUCACCAGCAGUGCCAUGUUCCUGCUGUAGAGGGCAGCGUCAGUCUCAGUCCCUGGUUCUGUAGACGUUGUGUCUUUGCUCUAGCUGUCCGGAAAGGCGGUGCUCUGAAGAAAGGUCUGAUAGCCAAAGCUCUGACCUCCAUGAAGCAGGUCCUGCUGUAUGAUCUGGACUCUCUGGACUGGGACUCUCAGCACCGGACCAAUCAGCAGCAGUGUUACUGUUACUGUGGCGGCCCUGGAGAGUGGUACCUGAAGAUGCUGCAGUGUUUCCGGUGUCAGCAGUGGUUCCAUGAAGCCUGCACGCAGUGUCUGCAGGAGGCCAUGCUGUUUGGAGACAGGUUCUAUCUCUUCCUGUGUGCAGCGUGUAAUAAAGGGGCGGAGUACGUGCGGCGCCUGUCUCUGCGCUGGGUGGAUGUGGUUCAUCUCGUUCUCUAUAAUCUGUCCGUCAGCAGCAAGAAGAAAUACUUUGAGCUGGACGAGAUCCUCGCCUUCGUCUCCGCUAACUGGGACCACCUGCAGCUCGGGAAGCUGUCUAACACUCCUCCAUCAGAGAGGGGGCAGCACCUGCUGGAUGCUCUCAAUAAAUACAAGAGCAAGUUUCUGUGUGGGAAGGAGAUAAAGAAAAGGAAGUGCAUCUUUCGUCUGCGGACCAGAGUCCCCCCCAACCCCCCCUCCAAACUCUUUCCUGAGCGCGCUCAGAGCGACGGAGGCCAGGGCCGCAAGACCCCCGCCGCCAGGAACAGCAGUGCUUCAGCUGAGAGGAGGAAGAGGAAGUCCAAGUGGCUGCUAGAAGAUGCCAUCCCUAAUAACGAGCUGUCCUGCAGUUGGACCUCCAACCACCACAUGGCCAACAUCUUUGACUUCACGCUGGACGAGCUGCAGAGCCUCAAGAGCAGCUCCAGUAGGACGGUCAGUAUCGAUCAGGACUCUACCGAUGCUUCAACUUCAGGGUCUGCUACAACCAGCGCCUCCUAUCACUUCAGGAGGAGGGUGGGCAGCAGGAAGAGGAAGUUGCCUAGCAACAGCUACAGCCAGUGGGCCAAUCGCAGCGAGGCUGGCUCCGAGCCUCCUGGGAUGCUGGAUGACGCAGAAGAAGAAGCGUCAGACUCCUCCCACUUCCUGUCCGACCCCACCCAGAUCCCGUCUGACUCCUCCCUCUCCUCCAUCUUCGGUGUGGGCGAGCGGUACCAGGUGCUGGCGCGCCGCGUCACGCCGCAAGGCGCCGUGCAGUACCUGCUGGAGUGGGAGGGGCCAACGCCUUAUUAGGAAGCGUUACAUCACCAGUUUAUUCCUCCGCUCUCUGGUCCAAUCAGAGCUCAGCAACGUCAGGAAGGUUUUAGUCCAUGUUAAUGUUUUUAAAUCAUGUCCGUUACCUCCGUCAGACUGUCGCUAACCUCAUGUAAAGUUUUUAAAAUUUAUUUUGUUACAAACAUGACAACACAAAAAGUUCUCCUGGUUCAACAUGUUGGGACGUCUGCUGAGGAGAGGAGGAGGAAACACAGCUGGUCAUCAGUCUGGAGACACAAGUUAACUUAAUAUAGCCAAAGACACGCACACAGACACACACACACACACAGAUAUAUACACACACACAC